AUGGUCCGCGAAGCAGCGAGCGCCACUGCCAGCCGCUCGUGGGGUGGCCGCUGCCUUGCCAGGCAACGAGCGGCCACUUCUCGUGCGGCCGGUUUGCGAGCAGCCUCAAGCGAGGCGGCCACUGCCUCGCCACUUCGCCAGGCGACGACCGGCCUCUUGGCUGUUGCUCUUUUAGCUACCUCUAGUAAAGAACAAGAACAUUCUCAGAACCAAUACACAGGAGAACCACAAGAAGAAAAAGCUGUAAUUACAGAAGUUGAGGAGUUUGUGCUUCGAUUCCCAUCUCUCGAUACUGAAACAAAAGGUGAUGACGUUGGAUGGACCAAAGUGGAAGAAACCACAAAAGCUGAAGUUUCUGAUAAUGAAAGUAAGGAUGAUGCUUCUCCAGAUGAGAUUAUUCAUGAGGUUGUAGGAAAAGGUUUAUCAGGCGCACUGAAGUUACUUAAAGAAAGAGAUGGCAGAACUAUGGACAAAAAGAAAAGUAAACUUAUCCGAAUUGAGAGAACUGAUGAAUUUGGCCGUAUAAUGACGCCUAAGGAAGCAUUUCGAAUGCUAUCACAUAAAUUUCAUGGCAAAGGUCCAGGAAAGAUCAAACAGGAGAAGCGAAUGAAGCAAUACCACGAGGAUUUGAAGAUUAAGCUGACGAAAGCUUCAGACACUCCAUUGCAAGCAGUGGAAAAAAUGAGGGAAGCUCAAGCCCAACAUAAGACACCUUAUUUAGUGCUAAGUGGGCAUGUUAAACCAUGGCAAAAAAAACGAACAAUUACUUAG